CAGCGGGCACUUUUGGUUCAGCUAUCAGCUUAGUAGCAUACGUCACAUUAGGAGCAUCAAGUUCAUCCUGUUCUCCGCAAAGAUCAAGUGAUCCAAGGGUGUGAUUAUAACAUGCUCCAGCUCCUCGAUUGACCAUUUUGGGUGCUACUCUCACCAUGUUAUCGGUUUUGAAAUACCUGUGGAUCAAGCUCUAUUUGAAUGUCAUUGGCGCGUGGAAGAGCUUGCAAGAACAAGUGUGGGAUCGGCAUCGCCCAAUCAAAGAUUUGCCCAAGGGGAUCGGCAAGGUUGUAGUCAUCACGGGAGGAAGUCAUGGCAUCGGGUUUGAGGCCACCAAGGUCUUUCUGAACUUGGGAUACCGUGUUAUGGUCGGAUGCAGAAAACCGUCGGACUUGAAAGAGACACUGACUUCCCUUAAAGCUAAUGGUAAUUUGGGCUCUGGAGAGUUCGACAUUUUCCCUCUGGAUUUGAUGUCAAUGACAUCAGUGAGAGAAUUCGCUCGGCACGUCCUCAAAAAGAAUGUUCCCAUACAUGUCCUGGUCAAUAAUGCGGGUAUCAUGUUUGGACCAAGAACCAUCACAGAGGAUGGGUUCGAGUCUCAAAUGUCGGUAAACCACUUGGGCCAUUUUCUCCUAACCCACUUACUGUUACCCAAAUUGAAGUCCUCGGGAACGCCCGAGGCCAAAGCCCGAAUCCUCAAUGUCUCUUCCGCCGCCCAUUAUAUCGGCUCACUCAUGGACUUGAACGACAUUCAUAGCAGCCAAUUCUAUUCACCGGAGGGUGGUUAUGGCAACUCCAAAGCGGCCCAGGUCCUUUGUACAUACUAUUUGAACCCUCAAUUGGAGGCUGAGGCGGCCAAUGUGACCAUCAACUGCUUCCAUCCGGGUGUAAUCUCCACGGGAUUGUACCAGAAUGCUCGUUAUGUCAAGUUUGUCAAUCUUCUGGCCUUCUCAAUGCUCAUGAAGACUCCUCGAGAAGGUGCGGAUAGCAUCCUUCAUGCGGCCAUUUCUCCCGAAAUGGAAGGACGAGGUGGAUUGUACCUGGAAAAUGCCCAACCCCGGAUUUCCAGUGCGUUCACUAGGGACUUAAGUAAUCAGGAGCGGAUGUUCAAACUCUCUUGCGAUGCCCUGGAAAUCCCCUACGACAAAUUUGGUCGGUGACACUCUCGUUCCCUUUUAUAAAUAUAUGUAUGAAAGAAAUCGCAUUACGCCCAUAAUUGGCCUGUCA